AUGACCAUUCGCAAGUCCGCACCUGCCCUACUGCAGCGACUACAGCACGGCCUUUCAAGCCCUCCAGUCGAGCUUAUCUACGCAUCUCACUCACAAUGGCCGUUUCCUCAGCCCUGGUCGCCUCAACAGAACCCAGAUCGGCUUCUGAGCAUCUCAGUGCUUGAUUCAUCCUUCAACCCUCCGACAGUGGCACAUCUUGCUUUAGCCAACUCGCAUCCACCUCCGACUCAGACACAUUACGACGCCAAACUAUUGCUCCUAUCUGUGAAAAAUGCGGAUAAGACGUUGAAACCGGGUGAUGCAUCGUACUUACAGCGACUCGAGAUGAUGUAUUUGCUAUCACAGCACAUACGGACUGGGACCUCUUCGGACGACCCUGCUACCCCAGAAAAUGUUAACAUAGCGAUCGCAAUCAUCGACGAGCCUACGUUUGUUGGAAAAUCUGACGCACUGCUGAAGUUUCUCAAGCAAAGAUUUGUUGGCUUAUCCCGAGCCAACGUCACUGCUAGUAGCGACGUCGAGCUCACAUUCUUGGUCGGCUUGGACACUCUUGAACGCUUGUUCUCCCCUCGCUACUACCAUUCAGAAGCGGCCAUGGUCUCGUCGUUGCGCAAAUUCCUUUCUCCUGGACCUGAAGGAGACAACUCACGCCUCGUCUGUGUAAACCGAACUUUUGCACCAUCCACGGCCCUGCAAGUGUCCGAAGAGCUCGAAGGAGCAAACACCUCAGAUUACACAAAAGAAUUCAUAGAUUCCGGCCGCGCUGCAGUGGUGGAGAUCGGGGAGCACUUGAGCACCUACAGCUCAAGUGCCGUUCGUAGCGCCAUUGGCACAUUUGGUUUGGGCCAGACGGGCGGCAAUCCUGCCUGGCGAAAUUUCGUCACAAAAGAAGUGGCCGAGUACAUCGUCGAACAACGGCUUUACGAAUCCGAUUCUUGA